AAUCCGGCUGUCAAUGAGCAAAUAGCACAGCGCAAACACACACAGAAAAAAUAGAACAUUCGAAACGUUCGGUCCCUUCGGUGCCGGAAUAAUCUGCGGAGGUGCAAUUGCGAAACACUUCUAAAUUACACGCAAACAUGUCGUUUCUGGCACGUAAUCUAGCACAAGCGUGCUCCCGGCUGUCGUCCGGUGUUGGGUUCCGGCGAGGUUUGCUGCAUACCGGCCGGGUCCUGUCGGUGGCCCAGGUUCAGCAUCCGGCCCCGUCCUUCAAGGGGACCGCCGUCGUAAACAAUGAUUUCCGUGAGAUCAAGCUGGAAGAUUACAAGGGAAAGUAUCUGGUGCUGUUUUUCUAUCCACUCGAUUUCACAUUCGUCUGCCCAACGGAAAUUAUCGCGUUCAGCGAUCGUAUCAAAGAGUUCAAGGAGCUUAACACGGAGGUGGUUGGUGUUUCGGUUGAUUCGCACUUUUCGCACCUGGCCUGGAUCAACACGCCGCGCAAAGCGGGCGGUCUCGGUAACCUCGAGUAUCCGCUGUUGGCCGACCUUACGAAGCAAAUUUCCGCCGACUACGGUGUGCUGCUGAAGAACGACGGCAUCUCGCUGCGCGGUUUGUUCAUCAUCGAUCCGAACGGUGUCGUGCGGCAGAUUACGAUCAACGAUCUGCCGGUCGGCCGCUCGGUGGACGAAACGCUCCGGUUGAUUAAGGCGUUCCAGUUUGUCGAAAAGCAUGGCGAAGUGUGCCCUGCCAACUGGGAACCGAAGACGAACGCGGCCACCAUCAAGCCGAACCCGAAGGAUUCGCGUGAAUACUUCGAAAAGCAUGGCAAGUAGUGGGAGGCGGGGGGCGACGGUGAAGCAGAUGAGACGUUGCAUACCUAUGACAUUCUUAAUGUAAAAAAAUAAAGGGAACCAAGAGCCUUUUCGCAUUUCUUUUCAACAACGCAA